CGACACUGCCCACCUCUACCCGAAAAAGACGACACUGCGACACUUCAAUAUGGUGAAAGCUAUUAGAGGCACGCUCGUUAAGUGCGACGCGUCCAUCAAAGCCAUGCUUGUCGACAUUGACAGCAAGAACAACAACGAGUACAUCAUCGAGGAGCUGGACGAAGAACACAUAUUGGUGAAGGAGACUAAAGUCAAUGAGCUCAAGUCACGCCUAAACCAGAUGUUGAGAGAGCGACUCAAAGAGCCAGACACGUCGGAUUCGGAGUAGACCACAUCGAGUACUGCAUUACUAAAAUGACAGCCUACCUAUAUCCUCUCCCAACCACCGCACAUCCACUCCCGAGCCGCACCACGAAGCGACACAAGACAUCUAAGCCUGAGCGGCUCCCUCCUGGGCACCAAUCCACUUUGGUCUAUUCGAGGCAAACAACUCCUUGUGUACGGUCCAGUUGUCGAUGAUGCUAGUGUCGUCCAAGGUUCCA